AUGCGUUUCGUUUAUACUCUUGGUGCGCUUGCACUAACUGCAUCCACUGUCUUUGGAAAGGAAACCCCUAAGGAUGAAGUCGUGGGAGCCGGUAAGAUAUCGCUUAGGAGACAGCAACACAUAUUCUGGUAUACUUACUGACUUUAUUCGCAAAAGAACUUUACGACUCUGGUAUCAAGCACCAGAGAAUCAGAAAUGCUAAAUUGGUAAGGUUCUUCUAAACUCGUUCUGUCACGGUCCAAUUCUAAUACAAAUCACAGGCACAUUGGAGGUCCGAGAAAGCGGCCGGAAGAAUGGCUUCGUCUCAAUACCCCAAGGUGAAUAGUCUGCAGCAAACCUCUUGGGAUUUUAACAUGCUGACUCAGGUUUUUAUAGCUCGGAUACACACCCUGUGUGAAUGGGAUUGCAGAGGCCAUCCCAGGUGAUGCAGCUCACACAUUCAGAUGCAAGAACACUGAUCUGUAUUCUUUUAUCUCUCACGAAGAUCUCGGCGCGCCAUCGGCAGAGGGCUCUUCAGCUUGGGGUUGGACUGAUCCUGAGUCUGGCAGAGAGUUCGUCGGUAAGCUAAAUCCGUCAAAAUGCCCAGACACCCCAACUCUAACUUCUAUUAGCAUCCGGUGCUUACGAGGGAACUGCUUUGCUUGAGAUUACCAGUGAUGGACAACUUGUCAAGCUUGGAUUCCUGUAUGUAUUCCCGGGCCCGUUGUGUUUCUAGAUCUAACAUCCACAGUGCAUCAUACGCACCAACAGGACAGGAUUCAAUCUGGCAUGAGAUCCGUUCUUACAAGAACUACAUGCUCAUUGGUAGUGAGCUGGCUGGUCAUGGUAUCCAGAUCUUCGAUAUGAGAAAGGUAAAUUUCACCCGAAGACUAUUGGAAAACUACCAAGCAUGAUUCCUAACACACUAUAUAGUUGCUCACUGUCGACCCUGCCAACCCAAUUGACUUCAAGGUCACAGCUGAAGAUUCAUCGGAUCUCACUGGCCACUUCAACGAGCUGCCAAAUGGUGGAACUCACAACGUAGUUAUCAACGAAGAAUUGGGCUACGGAGUUGCUGUAGGAGCCCGACCAAGAACCAACCCCUGCCGUGGUGGUCUGAUCUUCUUCGAUCUCACUGACCCUGCAAACCCAACCAGCAUGGGCUGUGAUGCCCAGGAUGCAUAUGUCCACGAUGCUCAAUGUCUCGUCUACCACGGACCUGAUGCUAAGUACGAGGGACGUGAUAUCUGCUACGGUUACAACGAGGAUACAUUGACCAUGUAAGUUUCAAUACUUCUGUAGAUACAAGUGGAGAUACUAACAGGGUCGAUAGCUAUGACGUUACAAUGAAGAAUGCAUCCAAGGUUAUUUCUCGCACUUCUUACGAAGGUGCUACCUACACUCACCAAGGUUGGGUUCUCGACACAAACAACCAAGAGUACCUCCUCAUGGAUGAUGAAGUCGACGAGGAAGAAGGAAACGGACCUGCAGCUGAUGGAUACCCAGUCACAUACAUUGUAAGCUCUUGCGUAUCCCAAAUUCAAACUCACUAAGUGCUCACAUAUUUUCCAGUGGGAUAUCCGUUCUCUCGAGGCACCAAAGCAAACCGGUAUCUACAAGGCUGCCGACGUUGGUAUUGACCACAACCAAUAUGUCAUCGACGGUCUCUCUUACCAAUCCAACUACGGUUCUGGUCUACGUAUCUACGACGUCACAUCUAUCCCAACCGACCCAACCGGAGCCGGUGUCUGUGAAGUUGCAUACUUCGAUAUCUACCCAGAAGAUGACAACGCUCCAGGUGGUGGUAUCGUCCAGUUCUCCGGAAGUUGGGCCUCAUACGCUUACUUCAAGUCCGGAUACAUCUUCGUCAACACCAUUGAGCGUGGUGCAUUCGUCGUCAAGAUGACCACCAGAGAAACUUGCCCUAACUAGGCUUUAUAAUACUUAAUGAGGAGGGAUCUUGGGCACCAAGGUCUUGCGGAUUGUUCAACAGUCAUGGCUUAUAAAUCACAUGACGAGGGUUGGAAUUAAUGUAAUUACCG